CACAUGUGGCUACCCAGUUUAGCCAGAGCCAAUGGCACUUUGCGGCAGGCGCUCCUGGGAUUCCUUGGACCAAGGGCAGUGACGACCCCUCAAUAUCCGGGAAUGAAUCCAAUUCCAACAGAUUGCUUUUGGAGAUGUGACCCUUGCAUAAAUGCGACCUGAAAGCGAGGGGCGAGUCUGGGAGACAUAUAAAUCGCCGGAUGGCACUGCCUCGACUCGCGACAGACACGGCCAUUCUGCUGCAUGCUAUCCAACAUCGUCAAGUCCGUCACGAUGCUACACACUCUCGUACACGCGCUCGUCGUUCUUGGGGCUGUCGUGGUCGAUGCCGCGCCGGCGGCGUCGCCCUAUGACUACAUCGUGGUGGGCAGUGGGCCCGGUGGCGGCCCCUUAGCUGCCAACCUGGCAAGAGCCGGAUACUCGACUCUCUUGAUCGAGGCUGGUGGUGAUGAGGGUGACAAUCCCACCUAUGCAGACAUCCCUAACUUCAAUGAGGCGGCCAACGAUGAAUUGACCCGUUGGGAUUUCUGGGUCAAGCACUCGGACGAUCCGGCUCGAGAUCUCAAGUUUGAACACACGACUUGGGACACUGGUGACGGGACCUUCUACGUCGGUCUCGAGCCACCAGAGGGAGCCAAGCUGCUGGGUAUUCAGUAUCCCCGUGCCUCGGUCCUGGGCGGGUGCGCCAUGCACAACGCUGGUGUUUGCUCACUGCCCGCCGACGAUGACUGGAACAUCAUCGUCAACAAGACGGGUGACACCAGCUGGUCAGCAGCAAACAUGCGCAAGUACUUCAAAAUAAUUGAGAAGAACGAUUACUUGCCCGCUGGAAAUCCUGCUCAUGGUUAUGAUGGAUGGCUGUCCACCUCGGUUGCUGAUGCCUCCUGGGCCAAGAACAAUAGCCUGCCGGCCACAAAGAUUCUCAAGAAGAUGGCCGAACUUACUGGCCAGGACCCCGAGAACGUCGCCAACCUCGUCAACAGUGACAUUCUUGGCGAGUAUGAGAAUGCAGAUGAGAUCACCUCCUUUUACAACAUGGCCACCCACGCCUCAAAGGAGGGCAAACGCAGCAGUCCGAACAACUACAUCCGCGCCACGCUUGCCGACCCGGCGAAAUACCCUCUGACCGUCAAGCUGCAUACUCUUGUAACGCGGGUGCUCUUUGACAACAGCACAACGCCCCGGGCCAUCGGCGUCGAGGUGAUGGAGGGCGAGUCACUGUACAAAGCAGACCCUAAACACGUCGAUGGCACUAAGGGUCCUAUCUCGCAGAUCUUGGCUAACCGCGAAGUCAUCAUCUCGGGCGGCACUUUCAAUUCGCCGCAGAUCCUCAAGCUGAGCGGCAUCGGUCCGGCGGCGGAACUCACAAAGUUCAACAUCCCAGUCAUCAAGGACCUUCCGGGUGUGGGCGAACGGCUUGGCGACAAUUAUGAAGGCUCUCUCCUUGCUUUGGGCCAGUCUCCCGUCGAGAGCGGACUCAUCACUCUCCUUUUCCGGACGCCCUCGGCACCCACCAAGAAGCGCAACAUCUACACCUGGUGCGGCGCCUUUUCCUUCGAGGGCUUCUGGCCCGGCUUCCCUACCAAUUACGGCCCCAAACAAUACGAAUGCGCCCUCGUCCACAUGGCGCCCAAGUCACAAGCUGGUUCGGUGCGGCUGCUGUCUGCCGACCCGCAGGACGUGCCCGAGAUCAACUUCCGCUUCUUCGAGCACGAGGGCGACAAGGACCUGCACGAACUAGUCGAGGCCGCCAACAUUCUGCGUGAAGCGUGGCAGGCUGCCGGCGAGCCUGUUCUCCCCUUUGACGAGCUGCACCCUUGUCCCAAGGGAACCAACUGCACUGAUGCUAGCCAGGCCGAGUACUUCAAGCUGCAGGCGUACUCGCACCAUGCCACGUCGACGUGCGCCAUUGGAGGUGAUGAUGACCCAAUGGCUGUGCUUGACUCCAAGUUCCGUGUCAGGGGUGUUCAGGGGCUACGCGUCGUUGAUGCGAGCGCGUUCCCCGUCGUCCCAGGUGCUUUCCCGAGCUGUCCGACAAUGAUGCUGAGCGCCAAGGCCUCAGAAGACAUCAUUGCGGAUGCAAGAAAGGCAUAGGCGGUGAACCAAGGCGACGUGGGUUGUCUGGUCACUAAUGGGGAGAUGUCCUGUCCUUGAAGACGGUGGCGGGAAGGGCAACUUUGGAAGUGAUACUGAUGGAAUAGUUCUAGAGUAACAAGACCAGCGAAGUCGAAGCCAGACACUUCCUUGUUCCAUCCUUUCAGGUGUCUUUUUACUUGACAUGCGCGGAUUCUUUCCCAGCCCUCUGCUGGCUGUUUUUAAGUCUGUGGCCGAGAAGGAGCAGCCCUGAUGUAGUAGUGCACCUGCCUUGGGUUAAGGUUCCUCCCUCCUUCUGCAUGCCGAGCAGAGUAGAGACAACACGAGCGCCUUCCGCUUCGAGGGCUUCAACGACAGAAGUCCCGGCUUCACGCAGUCGGAGCGAUCGAGUCAAAUUAUCACAAGCAGUUUCCGCAGAAUCCCAGUGACGCGGCUCUCAGCGUUGACUGCACCAUGAUAGAAAGAC